CCGGACCUGGGCUGCGUGGAGAAGGUUCCGCGAUGCCUACCGGAGACUUUGACUCCAAGCCCAGCUGGGCCGACCAGGUGGAGGAGGAAGGAGAGGACGACAAAUGCGUCACCAGCGAACUUCUGAAGGGGAUCCCUCUGGCUCCUGGGGACACCAGUCCAGAGCCGGAGCUGCUUCCCGGAGCCCCAUUGCCGCCCCCGAAGGAAGUUAUCAACGGAAACAUCAAGACGGUGACCGAGUAUAAGAUUGAUGAAGAUGGCAAGAAGUUCAAGAUCGUCAGGACCUUCAGAAUUGAGACCCGGAAAGCAUCCAAGGCUGUGGCGAGGAGGAAGAACUGGAAGAAGUUUGGAAACUCCGAGUAUGACCCCCCAGGGCCCAACGUGGCCACCACCACAGUCAGUGACGAUGUGUCCAUGACCUUCAUCACCAGCAAAGAGGAUCUUAACUGCCAAGAGGAGGAAGACCCAAUGAACAAGCUCAAGGGCCAGAAGAUCGUGUCGUGCCGCAUCUGCAAGGGCGACCACUGGACCACACGCUGCCCCUACAAGGACACCCUGGGGCCCAUGCAGAAGGAGCUGGCAGAGCAGCUGGGCCUGUCCACGGGCGAGAAGGAAAAGCUGCCAGGAGAGCUGGAACCCAUGCAGGCGGCCCAGAGCAAGACCGGGAAGUACGUGCCACCGAGCCUGCGUGAUGGAGCCAGCCGCCGUGGAGAGUCCAUGCAGCCCAAUCGCAGAAGUGAUGACAAUGCCACCAUCCGAGUCACCAACCUGUCCGAGGACACUCGUGAGACCGACCUGCAGGAGCUCUUCCGGCCUUUUGGCUCCAUCUCCCGCAUCUACCUGGCCAAGGACAAGACCACUGGCCAGUCCAAGGGCUUUGCCUUCAUCAGCUUCCACCGUCGUGAGGAUGCCGCACGUGCCAUCGCGGGGGUCUCUGGCUUCGGCUAUGACCACCUCAUCCUCAACGUUGAAUGGGCCAAGCCAUCCACCAACUAAGCCACCAGCCAUGGCCGUCAUGCUGCUGCCUGGCUCUGGAUCCGAGAGUACCAAAAAGGCAGGUACAGAAGCAAGGAAGGGUGCUUCGAGGUCAAUAAAAAACUCCGUUCAUACCCC